UGAUCAUUUUAUUAGAAAAACCUAGAACAGCUCUAAAAUAUUUUCAAUUUUCUCGUAGAUAUUAGCUAAUUAAAUUCUACUCAAUUCAAUUAUUUAUACAUUAUAAAUAAUGAUAUACAGGAUAUGACGUUGAUAUUUUUCAUGUGUAGUGGUAUGGGAAGGUUGGAGAAAGUAUAAAAGCGCUGCAGAUCGUGACGAAGUCGGCUUCGAAGCCCACCCUUAUGUGGGGAUAUUAUAGAUUUUAUGGUGUUCUCAGAUAUUAUUAAUUGAAUCAUCUUGACCAUGAGUCAGUCAGGAGUUUUGAAGCUGUACUCGACAGUGAUCGACGACGUGAUAUCCGGCGUGAGGGAGUCGUUCCUAGACGAGGGCAUAGACGAGCAGGUAUUGCAAGAGCUGAAGCAGAUAUGGGUGUCGAAGCUGAUGUCUAGUAAAGCGGUGGAAGUGCAACCGGAUCCACCCGAGCCACAAGCGGUAGUCAACAAUGUGCAGAAAGAUGCCAAGUCUGGAAUUCAACAUGUUGUUUCAACCCAGCAUCAUCAACAGCAACAUCACAUUUUACAACAACAACAACAGCAGCAGCAGCAGCAACAGCAGCAGCAACAACAGCAGCAGCAACAACAGAGCACUUCGAAUUUCCUACAAGACUUCAGCAACAAGCUAGUACCUAUUCAGAUAACGUUACCGCCUCAACAGGGAUCAGCUGAUCUCCAUCAAAGAGUACUUACUAUUCAAGUUCCUGCCUCAGCACUCCAAGGGAACCAGCUUCAUUCAGUGCUGACUGGAUCGGUGAUCUCAGCCACGAUGGCUCUUCCCCAACAUCUGGCUUCAACCCUCCUCCAACAGCAUGUCACGGCAGCCCUACAGGGACAGACUGCUAUUGGUGGUACUGCUUCUCAACCUCAGGUGCAAUCUUCUCAGCAGAAUAUUAGUAAUAAUCAAAUUCUAAAUCAUAAUAAUUCGCAAGUCAACGAUAAUAGGCAGUUAUUUGGACACCAGACUGGAUCCGGGGCCUUAUCACAACUAGAUGGUACAAACGACACUUCAGACGACGAGGAUGAAGAUGAUGAUGAUGAAGAGGAGGAAGACAUCGAUGACGAUGAUGAUGUCGAUGAAAAGGACGAUGAGGAAAACGAGGACAACGAUAAUGCUGCUGAAGAGGAGCCAUUAAAUUCUGGAGAUGAUGUGAGCGAGGAAGAUCCAGGCGAUAUGUUCGAAACUGAUAAUGUCGUGGUCUGCCAGUAUGACAAGAUCACAAGAAGCCGCAACAAGUGGAAGUUCUAUUUGAAAGACGGCAUCAUGAAUUUGGGCGGAAAGGACUUCAUUUUCCAGAAAGCCAACGGUGAUGCUGAAUGGUGAAAAUGAUGAUGAUUAUGAUGAUGAUGAUAUCAGUGACCAAGAACAGGUGCUUGAUGUUCCUAGAAUCGUAAACUGAAACUAGAUCCUUGUUAUUGGACAGUAUGCGGCCUUAGCUAUUUUGAACACUUGGAUUUCUAUUACAAGGGCUUCAACUAUACAGAAUAAAGUGUGAUUUAUACAAAUAGUUUUAUAACUAAAAACAUGGGAGAGUAGUAAUAGUUAUUUUACUUGGCAAUCAUGCUGUCUUUAGCGAUUCUAGAAUUUUUCUCGUUGAAUUAGGUACCAAUUUAAAUAUUUUUUCUGUGUUUGUUAUUUCACCAUCUUGUUGAGAGAUUAGAAAAUGUUCAGUAUGAUAUUAUUUUCUGUACAUUUCUUCAUUUGUGUUGAUUAUUUUUUAUUUAAUAAAUACAGUAACAAUUCACCAACAAUGCCUUAUGAUUUCAAUGCUUUGCCAAAUAGAAAUAAUAAGUUACAUCAAUUCCACAAUACCUCAAUGAUCUAAUCAGUAAACAAUAAGGUUCAAGAUGAUACAGAUAAUCUCAAUUAAAUCAAUUUUAUUUCCACAUACAAAAAAAUAGAUUCUUGAAUUACUAUACAGAGUAAAUUAAACAUAAUUUAUUGUUUGAACAUUCAAUCUUUCUUACACUUAAUAAUAUAUAGUACAAAGUGCAACACUACUGGCUUAGUAAUACUUCACCGCCAGUAGGAGUAGCAAUAAUUUAUUAUUACAAAAGGAGAAGCUAACCAUUUUUCAGAACUCAAGGAUGUAGCUCUAGUACAGUAAUCCAUAGCCUAACAACGAAAACCUGUGACUUUAAGGAUAGUUCAACAACCUUUAAAUUAAAUUUCAAAUUGGCAAAUAAAUAAAAUUACAAUAUUGUCGAAUAUGAGUUGAACUUUAAC